GUUGCGCUAGGCCUGGCAGUGACUGCUGGUGGUGGUGACGUGUUGGAGAUAGAGACGACUCUAACGAGUAGUUCUGCUAGUGUCGGCGGAGGGACGGGCAAGGUGUCCAUCACGGGUCAACUCGGUAAGGUGAUGCAGGAGUCGGUGAGCGCGGCAUUGGCUCAGCUCAAGGCCAGGGUAUACGCUGUGCAAGAUAGAGCGAUGGCUGAAGGUGAGACACCUGUGUGGUGGUAA